CUGAGAACAAAAUUAAUAAACAAAGGUUAAGAUAUCAGGUUGUCGCGUUUUGCGUGUUAUUGCUACUACUACUGUAUCGUCGAUUGACUUUUACUUGUCUAAUGUUACCUCGCCGAUUGUUAGUUUCUAUUUCCGAGUGGGCUACCUGAUUGUGAUGAAGCAUUCGUCCUAGUAACCGCGGCUACAAUGGACGCUGUAAUUGAAAAUGUACGCUCCUUCGUCGGCGUGAGAAAAUCGAACCAAGUUGGUUACAGAAAGCCAGCAGCUACUGCACAAAAUGUCAGGAAUAAGGUUGUUUCGAAGAUCUUUGGAAUAAGUUUAUCUGAUUUAUGCUCAAGUGAAGGAAGUGACGUCCCUUUUAUUGUGAGAGAUAUUUGCACUUUCAUUGAAGCUAAUUAUUUACAGAGUGAAGGAAUAUUUAGACUGUCUUCACCGUCUGCGCAAAUAACGAAACUUAAAGAAGCUUUUGAGCAAAACUGUAACUACCAGGACCUCAACGUUUGUCUACGAUCCAGUGUCGAUGGUCACACGGCAGCGAACGUGCUGAAGCAGUUUUUACGAAAUCUACCCCAGUCGUUAAUCCCUGAAGAAGUGUUGCAUAUUUUCCGUGAAUCAAAAUGCCUUUCAGACGAAACGUUUGCAGCUUCUGUCAGAUCUGCAAUGAAUGGUUGGCAAGUCCCGAACAGAUCUACGCUGCAAUAUCUUCUCUCGUUCCUACAGCAAGUGAUGCAGAAUAGUCACAAUCGUAUGAACGUUACAGGACUUGCAGUUGUUUUUGGACCAAACGUUUUUCGAAUCUCCACAGGAGUUGAAGGGUUAAGUGAACAGACAACGGCAAAUCAAACAUUUGAAAGGUUAUUGAUAACAAGUGAUAUCAUCUGUGAAGCUCACAUUGACGACCAGGGCUACCUCAAAAUGGCAUCACCCACCUCAGGCCCAGCGAAACCCGCCCGCCCUGCACCCCCUAUACCCCUUGAAGCACGACCCCUACCUCCCCCACCUGUGCCCCAGCAUGGGUCAAGUUAUAACUUCAGUUCACCCUCAGAACCCCCAUUAGUUUUACCAAGGUCCCACAACCACUCGUAUGCCAGUGGAGAUGGUGAAUCGGAUUUUAUGUCUACUUCAGAAGAUUGCACAAUAGAUGAAUCUCAGGAUCCUCGAAUGGAAGAGGAAACCACUAAAGUCUUCGAUCGCACAGUACGCCACGUCGUCCGCAAACAUUUAUUUAACCAAGAAUCCUCAUCAAGUUCUUGCGCCGAUGAUACCGAUGUCUUCCAUAAUAAUAAUAGGGAUGGUGAUUCAAACCUCCUGCCCUCGCUAACUGCUGGUCGGAUAGCUGGGCCUUCGAAUAGAAGGAAGCCUAGCAGAAAACACUCCGAUAGUAACGAUUCAAGUAACCGAUUAAACCCGAAAGUUGCAAAAACUGUUAAAGAAGAAGAAAUUUGUCCUGUUCCUGCCCAACGGAGGAAAAUGGAAGUGAAGAGUGAACGUGAACUCAUCACAAACGAACCUCUUCAUCCCGCAUCCUCAAACACUGUAACAACCCCUGACUCCGGAUGCCUCACAGCGGAAGAUGAUCUUGUGUCGAGGAGAGUCCCCCCAAAUGAUUCCGAACUUUUCAUCCCAAAACUGAACCUCCAGGAGGCGAUAGAGGAUGUAAAUUGCGACGCUACCGAUGUACCUCGCCUGGAUUUAUCUGAGGUGACACAAGUGGAUGAGCUGACGCAACCGAAACCGGUGCCUCGUCACCAUAAACCUUCCAAGACGAAGAAAAAGAAACGCAAAGGAAGCAAAGCAAGUCCGAACACUAACAGUUCAUCUAACAAUAAAAUGACAUCUGAACCGAUUAAAAUCCCUGAACCGAAAAAAACCCUUGAAUUUCCUGAUGAUGAACUUUCAAGUGAUUUCUCUCCAAAAGAUACUUCAUCAUCAAGAUGGAGAGAUGCCUGGAGCACAGAUGAUGAGGCUGGAUCACCCGUUGGAGUGAUGGAGAACAACAUUCAUACCAGAUAUGCACAGUAUGUGUCGGACAACAUGGAGGUUGCCCCUUCCUCACCCAUAGAAAACCAUGUAUACCCUCGUUCCCACCAUAUGCACCAUACCCAUGGUCACCAUCACCACCACUCACAUCUGCACCAUAACCAUCAUCAUAAUAAUUCAAACUUAAAGCACAACCAUGCCAACUAUUCAAACUUGUCAAGGCCAAAAAUCAUCAACACUAUACAUGUUGAUGAAAAUGUUGAAAACCUGCAACAAAGUUUAGCUGAAAUGGUCCUUAAACUGGAAGGUUCAAGAAAAGAUAGCGGUCGUCCAGAAGACCUUACAUUGAUGACAAGGGAACAGAUCCGAAACGAGAAAAUUGCGAUGCAGAAAGAGCUGUUAAGGUUCGAGGGUAUGCAUGGUCGACCAAGCACGAAGAAAGAGAAAGAAAUCAUGCGGGAUAUUUACAACCGAUACAGAAUGGUUAAGAGGUUACAGAUGGACACCAUGUCGCCUCCAUUUCAUUCAGUUGUGUCAAGAAGGUUGGAAGAUUAUGACGAUUAUAAAGAUGAGAAACAUACGAGUAAGAACGAUACAUUGAAUGAGGAAUUCACGGUCACUCAACUUACACUACAACCUGUGUUAGAUGAUCAGAACAGUGACAGUGACCAUGUUCCGGCUGAUCUUGGCAUUGAAGAAUUAAGACGACAACAGAAAGAAGCGAGGGGACAAAGGAAGAGAUUAAGGAGAAAAUUACGAGAUUUCGAAAAUGAGAUCCAGCAGCAGUAUGACCGGCAAGUGAUGCAAGCUGACCGUAUCGUCAUGGCAACUGAGUAUGGCGAUUAUAAAGACUUAAAAGCAAAGUUGAGACUUUUAGAUGCUCUUAUCGAGAAGCACAAUUCUCAAUUAAGAUCAUGAACCCUACAGUGGUCUGAUAUUCAGUUUCAUGCAGGUACUUACUUCUCAAGAAAAAACCUAACACUGUUAUAUUUCAAGCUUAUGGGGUGCUAAGACGGACAAGAAUUUACAGUUUAUGGUAAAACUGUUUUUUAAGAAAAAAAAGUUUGUAGCGAAAACUAUAUUGAAGUUAAAAACGUUCAAGAUUUUAAGUGCUGACUCUUAACAUUCAUUGUUGUUGUUAAGAGCGCUAUUCUUGGCUGCUACUAUCAUUUUGUGGUGUUUUUUCACAGUUUAUGUUGAUUUUUAUUUCUUUCCUUUUUAUCGGAGUGCUGAAUUUUUUCACAUUUUAUUGAAGUCAAUUUCUUCAUACUUUUUGUCAGUUCCUGUUUACAAGCCAGUUACGAGUGUUGAUUGUACGUCCAACGUUUCAUAACUUUUCUGUGUAACUAGAAACCGUUUCCCUUAACUUGAACAAACUAAGUUUCGUUACUGGUGCCAAAAGUUCACUGAAAAUUCUUUCAAAUCCUGUGAAACAAAAUGUGUUCAUACUGUAGCGUAAAAUAUUGUUCCAAUCCAUCCGUGACACAAUGCUAUCAGUGUAUAAGCAUUAAACUUGUGGCUGUUGCUGACAGUUGUUGUACACUGUCAUUCCUCGUUCUUAUUUUGCACCCUUAAUAAUAACUCGUGUCUGUUUCUUUCAUAAAAGGUGUUUUGUUCGGGAAUAAAUAGAUUAUGCAAGAAACAAUA